AAUUUGGGGAUUUAGGGUUAGAGGUAAAUUUGGGAUCGGUCAGUCAAUUGAAAUGGCGGAUAAAGGGAAGCGGAAACUUGAAGAGGAAACUGGUGUGAAUACAGAGAGCAAUGUGGUAGAUGAGUAUGAUUCUGAUCAUGAAAUGUAUGUCGGAAAAAGCAGGAUGAGCCGAGAAAAUCGGAACGCGUAUUGGAGGCAGGUGGAUGAGAGCGAGGGUUUUGAUAUCACCCUGGAUUUGGAUUUGGGUGCUCGUAUUGUGGCUCCAAUUGUUCCAAUACGACAUAACAAGAACGGCCCAACAUACAGUGAGAUUUCCCGCUUAGCGAUUGCUACUUACAAUUCAGAGAAUAAUACAAGAUACGAGUUUGUCGAAAAUCUGUCUGUGACCGCAUCACUUGCUGCUGGAUAUUGGUGUCGUAACACAUUUCUAGCCAGGGAUUCUGACGCUCCCAACAACGUAAAGACCUUUCAAGGAUUGGGGUUCUGGGGAAUUUCUGGAGAAAGAAAAAUUCAAUUUUGCAGGCUUAAGAAAACAUCCAGUGGUCAAGGUGAUGAGUGCCCUCCCGAUUCCAAUGUUGACGAGAAAGCUGCACAGUGAGCUUGUCAUCUCUUUAAGCUCGUGUUGGUCUUCUACUAUGGUAGUUUUUAUUAAAAAUGUAGCGUCAUUUACUUGUGUAUUUAUUAAGAGAUGGUAAAAAGUGUUGUGAUGUGUCUUCUAUUCUCGUAGUUAUUUUAUUAACGAAGUAGGCUUAUUUGUGUUGUUACUAAGACAAGGAAAAAGGUGUUUUGAUGUCGUCGUGAUUCUGGUGAUGUUUGAUGAUGAAGUUUUUAUCGGAGUAACUUGUUUGUGUGAA